GCACAACCCCAGUCCCGAUUACGAGUGUAAAAUUGAACUAAACUCGGCUUUCGGUAAACAGUGGGCACGCCGGUGUUAGUUGUCUCAUCAGAGAUCCCGAUCUCCCUGGAGCCAACGGAAACCUAAAAAAUUUGCUUUGAAAAUCGCACAAUUCCAUUUUAUCACAUCCACUGAUCUGCAUCCAAGAUUCGAUGGGGCUUCUCAGCAUCAUUCGAAAGAUCAAGCGAAAAGAGAAGGAAAUGCGAAUCCUCAUGGUAGGACUUGAUAACUCAGGGAAGACGACAAUUGUGCUGAAAAUCAACGGAGAGGACACCAGCGUUAUCAGUCCCACUCUUGGAUUCAACAUCAAGACCAUCGCUUACAACAAGUCUCUGCUUCUCCUUCCUUCCUUCCUUCUUUCUGUCACUCUCACAUUUCCAUACUUUACAUACUCUUUUUGAUUUUUGUGUAUGUCCCGUUAUUACUUGUCGUUGCUGUUUGUUACUAAUUUAAUGACUUUAGUGUGUAUAGUUCUAAGAGGCAAUUUGUCAAACAUGUAAUCUGGAUACUAAUACUGCUACUGCUACUGCUUGAA